UGUUGCGCGGUGCAUGUCGGGAGGAAGCCGUCGUUGCUAGGGAAGAUGGCGGCCCCCCAACAGCAGCCGCAGGCCCCGUCUCAGGCCCCGGCGCCCGGGCCGCAGCUCACGCUCCAGGCGGGCCCGGGGCAGCAGCCCCAGCUGCAGGCCCAGGCCGCCGCGCAGGCCCAGGCCCAGGCCCAGGCCGCCGCGCAGGCCCAGGCCCAGGCGCAGGAUUUUGACCCCGUGCAGCGCUACAAGAUGCUGAUCCCGCAGCUGAAGGAGAGUUUGCAGAACCUGAUGAAAAUCGCGGCUCAGAAUCUCGUCCAGAACACGAACAUCGAUAACGGGCAGAAAAGCAAUGAUGGGUUGGUGCAGCGCUUCGACAAGAGCCUGGAGGAGUUCUAUGCCCUGUGCGACCAGCUGGAGCUGUGCCUGCGCCUUGCCUACGAAUGCCUGUCCCAGAGCUUCGACAGCACCAAGCAUUCUCCCAACCUGGUGCCGACGGCCACCAAACCCGACGCGGUGCAGACCGAGAGCCUGCCCUACACCCAGUACCUGAGCAUGAUCAAAUCCCAGAUCUCCUGCGCCAAGGACAUCCACAACGCCCUGCUGGAGUGCUCCAACAAGAUCACCGGCAAGAUCCCCGCCCAAGGGGGGCCGUAGCCCGCGGCACCGGCACGCUUGUUGCUCCUGCUCCGCGGCCGGCGUGGUUUGAAGGAGACUUGGAUCGUUUCCAGGCCGACGCCGUGUCAGGCGGUGAAACUCUACACACUUGCAUCUGACCCACGGCCUGUCUCAUGUCCUCUGAAUUCCCUGCGUGGGUAGAUGGUCUCGUUUGUAUCAAGAGUGAAACGAACGUCCCUGGUUCGCUUCCUCCUCUCCUCUCAUUCUCCUCUAACUCCCUCUGGUCUUACUCCUUCCCUCCCCGCUCUCCCAUUUCUCAUGUUCUCUCCUUUCCCCUCACCUUUCUUGCAUCUCCUAGGCCUGAUCCUCAGCUGCCAUCAGUCGUCAGACCUUCGCCGAACUCACUGUUGCGACGCUAAGCUAUGCCGCCCGGUGGCUUGGCCCAUGUACAUUCAGAACGCGUUAGCCCGGCUAAAACUGACUCACCCAGCACAGGAUCUACUUGCUGAAGUCUCCCAUGCCAGGGCCUAAGCACCCUCCACUCUCCUUUGACUUCAGGAGGGGUCGAGGAGACCUGAGAUUGUGCUGCUAAUGAAGUGAGGAGGAUCAGACAGAAUCUUUCUCUGCCAUCAAAUUAAAACUCCCCCCCGCCCCAGGCGAAUGGGUUAGAUUGUAGCUUUCCAGGUUGGUGGGUGUAUUAUUUAUUUUUCUUAAACAGUAAUAACCAUUUCAGAGAAAUGCCAUUGAGUUAAAACAAGCCCAGGUGUUCAUUUCCCCCGGCCACCACACUGACUUUACCUCACUGUAACCCUUCUGCCCUUUUCGCUCCUGACCUGCACGGAGCGAGAGGGGAAUCGGACUCCAGCUCAUUUAAAGCUCGUUAAUGAUAACGCCUUUGAUCAUUCAAAACAGAGGGCUGGACUGUGAUUCCAUUCACACCAGCAUAGAGCAGAAGUAAUGAAAAGAAUUAUCUCUGUGUCAGACUGGCAUAAAACCUAAAGGAGAAUCGGAUCCAAAGAGUGAAUUAAAGCAAGACAACUUUGA